GAGAGAGAGAGAGACGUAAACGGCGAGAUAACGAGUUAACAAGAGGAUAGGAGAAAGAAACAGACCGAGAGUGACAAAGAGCGGAAAGGAUAGAGAGAAAGAGGGAUAGAGGGGGAGAGAGAGAGGGAUAGAGAGAGAAAGAGAGAGGGGGGGAUAGAGAGGAAUAUGUUGAAUGAGGAGCUUCCUGAAUCUCAGGAGGAAACACCAACACAUGCGGAUGAUGACAUAUUGGAGCGCGUGUUGGUGGGCGGGUGCGACCCCUCUGACCCGGAAGUGCAACAGCAGCUGGAGGGGGAGCGAGAGCGAAUCAGGAGAGAGAUCAGGAGGGAGCUGAAGAUCAAGGAGGCAGCUGAUAGGCUACGCAGAGCCACCACAGACAGGAAACAACACCAACAGGUGGACAGUCAGGUGCGUUCCUCUAAUCGUAAGCUGAGUGAACUCCACGAGCAGCUACAGGAGCUGGACGCCUACAUCGUCGCCAAGGGAAACGAUGAGAGCAAAGAGGAUAUCCCCCAGUCCCCUGGUGCGGUCCGUCGGGUCACAGCCCAUGAGGAGCGAAUUGCAGCGCUGGAGAGACAACUCAACAUCGAGCUGAAGGUCAAGCAGGGAGCCGAGAACAUGAUACCUAUAACUAAGGAUAAGAAGCUUCUUCAGACGGCACAGCAGAUGCUCCAGGACAGCAAGACCAAAAUCGACAUCAUCCGCAUGCAGAUACGCAAAGCAGUACAGGCCACCGAACACACAGAAGACAUGCAAGGUAAGCCUGAUCCGUGUGGUGUGGAGUUGCGUCUGGAGGAGUUGCGUCAUCACUACAGAGUGGAGCAUGCGGUGGCCGAGGGAGCCAAGAACGCACAGCGCCUCCUGGGGGCCAGCAAGGCACAGGACAAGAAGGCCAUGACAGAGGCCCAGUGUCGUCUGAGUGAGAGUGUGCAGCGUCUGGAUUUGCUGCGCUGGUCUCUGGAGCAGUAUCUGUCAGAGUUACCUGACGACCACCCCAAAGCCUCGCCCAUACGCCAGGAGCUGGACGCACACACAAACACAAACACAAACACACUCCCACACACAAACACACUCACGCACACGCACACUGCGCCUUACCCACACACACAGUACAGCACCCUCAGCAAGCCGUCGCCUCUCACAGGUACCCUGCAGGUGACGUUGCUGGGGUGUGUGGGCGUGUUGGAGACGGUUCCGGGGCGCUCUCGAGGGUCGCCGGUGGUUCUGCCUUCCUAUUGGCCCACAGAGAGCCCCUCCCCCGCUAGAACCUUUAUGAGAGGCGGCCGCAACCGCUCAAGCGCCGCACCCCCCAAAACACACACACUCAAGACCGACGAACUCUCCACUGAGGUGUCUGCUGUGCUGAAGCUGGAUAACUGUGUGGUGGGCCAGACGGCCUGGAAGACUGUUGGAGAUCAGGCCUGGGACCAGACCUUCACUGUGGAACUGGAACGGUCGAGAGAAAUGGAGAUAGCUGUCUAUUGGAAAGACUAUCGUUCGCUGUGUGCCCUGAAGUUCCUGAAGCUGGAGGACUUUAUAGACAACCAAAAACACAGAGUGCAACUGGAGCUGGAGCCACAAGGACUACUACUAGCAGAGGUGACCUUCUUUAACCCGGUAAUAGAGAGAGCCCCUCGACUGAAGAGGCAGAAGAAAGUCUUCUCCAAACAGCAAGGCAAGACGUUUUUGCGUGCUCGUCAGAUGAAUGUGGAUAUCGGCACGUGGGUCCGUCUCCUUAGAAACGCCAUUCCAACCGUCAACAGCACCGGCACCUACAGUCCCAACGCACACACACUACCUACAGGGGAGAUCUCGGUUGAGAAGUUGAGUCUGGACAGUGACUCCCCUCUACGCUUCCAGUUCAGGACAGACAUGGUGGACUCGACGCCGGAGCGGUAUUCUCCAUCAGAGCCCUUGCCCUCUCCUGAUGUCACACCAGAACGCCACAACAGAACACACUCCCUCAGUAAGCAACAGAAGAAGGCUGCGUUGUCUCUUGAAGACUUCAGGCUCAUCGCUGUCCUCGGAAGGGGACACUUUGGAAAGGUGUUGUUGGGAGAAUAUAAGAGGUCUGGUGUGAUGUACGCCAUCAAGGCGCUGAAGAAGGGAGACAUCCUGACACGAGACGAGGUGGACAGUCUGAUGUGUGAGAAGCGUAUCUUUGAGACGGUGAACCACUUCAAGCACCCCUUCCUGGUGAACCUGUUCGCCUGUUUCCAAACGCCACAGCACGUCUGCUUUGUUAUGGAAUACACGGCCGGAGGAGACCUCAUGAUGCACAUACACACAGACGUGUUCACAGAACCGCGCGCCGUGUUCUAUGCUGCCUGUGUGGUUCUCGGCUUGCAGUUCCUCCACGAUCACAACAUUGUCUACCGAGAUCUGAAGCUGGACAAUCUGCUGCUGGACACUGACGGCUACGUCAAGAUUGCGGACUUCGGACUCUGCAAAGAGGGUAUGGGUUAUGGUGAUCGCACCAGUACCUUCUGUGGUACUCCCGAGUUCCUGGCUCCAGAGGUUCUGACUGAUACCCACUACACCAGGGCUGUGGACUGGUGGGGGCUAGGAGUACUCAUCUAUGAGAUGCUGGUCGGAGAGUCGCCGUUCCCCGGUGAUGAUGAGGAAGAGGUGUUUGACAGCAUCGUCAACGAUGAAGUCCGUUACCCACGAUUCCUUUCCAGCGAAGCCAUCGGGAUCAUGAGACGGUUGCUACGUCGGAACCCAGAUCGCCGUUUGGGCUCCAGUGAGAAGGAUGCAGAAGAGGUCAAGAAACAACCCUUCUUCAGGAAUGUUGACUGGGAGGCGUUGUUGCUGCGUAAGGUCCCACCCCCCUUCUUGCCGAGCAUCGUGGGUAAGGAAGACGUGAGUAACUUCGAUGAGGAGUUCACCUCGGAGGCUCCGGCCCUCACGCCUCCCAGAGAGCCGCGCACCCUCUCACACCGAGACCAGGACGCAUUUAAAGACUUCGAUUACGUCUCAGACCUCUGCUGAUAGAGAUUGUGUGUGUGUGUGUGUGAGUGUGAGUG